GAUGCCUUGGUGACUGGAAUAGUUUUUGUUAAACUAUCACUGCUGUUAUUUUGUUUGGACUUAGCGGUUUUUAAUUAACCAUGAAUGUUGCAGUGAUAUUAAAAUUGUGAGAAUAAAUAUAAAACUAUCGAGGAUUUCAUGAAUACACAACCAAGCAGAAAAAGAUCCCAAAACUCGAUGACUGGCACAAAGAGUUGACCGAUGAAUAUGAACUGGAAAUGUACCAUGCGCCGGAAGCUCUCCGUGACGUAUAAUGUUCCCAAGGCUGUCGUACGCGCAACGUUUACUGGCACUUAUAUUUUUUGUCAGUUUCAUUACGGUAUUCUUUAACUUUUCGUCCGUGAAGUUCAGUGCAGCAAGUAGGCGUUUGUCCUAUAUGGAACAAUACUUGCAGAAUACUUUAAGGGGUGGUAAUACGGUACAGGAUGCUCAAGAGUAUGUGGAUAAUAUAACAGAAAUGAAUGGACAACAGAAGGGCUGGGACCAGUCAACACGAACACCUCCCAUUAAUCCUCACGAGUUCAAGUACCUCAUCAACCCAUCAUCUUUGUGUUACCGAAAGAAUCUAACUUAUUUAGUUUACGUCCAUACUGCACCAGGGAAUUUCAAGAAACGUCAGACGAUUCGUCAGACAUGGGGAGCGAAAACAUUGAUGCUCAAGUACAAAAUACGAAUUGUGUUCAUUAUGGGGGUAGUGGAAGAUUCAGUGACUGUGCAACGAGUGCAUUCCGAAAGCAAUCGCUAUGGUGAUAUUGUUAUGGAGGACUUUCAGGAUAGUUACAGGAAUUUGACAUACAAAGCCAUUGCUGGGUUAAAGUGGAUCUCUAGCUAUUGUUUGGAUGUUACAUAUGUCAUCAAGUCUGAUGACGAUAUUCUCAUUGAUAUGCAUGCUUUAAUGGAAACCAUGAAUUCAAAGGAAGUAAAGAAAUAUGGAACUAGACGGUUGAUUAUGUGCAAUCAAUGGCUUAAAAUGAAAGUGAUAAGAGACAAAAAGAGCAAAUGGUAUGUACCAAAAGAGGAAUUUGACAAAGAAUAUUUUCCGCCCUACUGUUCUGGUUCCUUGUUCAUAAUGAGUUUAGAUGUUGUUUUUGCAAUGUAUGAUAUGUCUUUGAACACGAAAUUCUUCUGGGUGGAUGACUUUUAUAUCACUGGAUUACUAGCAGAAAAGCUCAAGUUGGAACACAAACGUCUGAAUGACAAUUACAUGUUGAACGCUAGAGCUGCUGUUGAAAAGUUUGACAAAGAUGAAAAGCGAGAGCUUAAGUUUUUCCAUGUUCAUAAAUUGACAGACAUAUUCAGAAUGUGGAAGCGUCUGCGUUCAGAAAAGAAUCGUUCCUGUGAUAAUUGUUUUACAUGGCUGCCGCAUAGAUGACGGAUGAGCAGCUGCAAAGGAGGAGUGGAACAAUCAAUAUUCUCACCUUAAAUAAAUGCCGCACCAUGCAUUCUCUUUUAGCAUUACUUUUAUUAAUGUAUACACCAUGUUAAUAAAGCUUUUAACGCUC